GGAAUUAACUGUUUGUUUACAUUUUCAGUUUUCUCCGAAAGCGUAAUACAUUUUGACACUUAGUAAACUCUACAAUAGUUUGUUUCAAAACUGUUCAGGAUGCCUUAUUACAUGCAUGAAUUGAAUCCAGAUUAUAAUCCAGCUACUGGAAAGUUGCAUCACAUGACAACUGAGGAAUUAAAGAAACUGUUAAAUGAUGAUGAGCAGCUUGAAUCAAUGAUAAAAGAUUUACAACAAGUAAAGAAUUUGGAAGCUGAGAGAGAGAUGUUGUUAGCUAGUAACAAAAGUUUAGCAGAGUACAAUUUAUCACAAGAGCCUCUCCUUAUCAAUUUGAAAGGAGAUAUUGUUUCUAAGCAUAAGGAACUUCAGUCUUGUAAGGGUCGAGUGCAAAAGAAAAAGCAGAAAUUAGAUGACAUUACCAAAAAUAUGUGUCUGGAAACAACUUUAGCCUUAUUACAGACUGCUGCUGCUGAAGCAGAAGAAGAAAGUGAAAGUCUGGCUGACAAUUUUUUAACUGGAGAAAUAGGAGUGGAUCAAUUUUUAGAAUCUUACUUAAGCAAGAAGAAAGUUAGUCAUCUUCGAAGAGUUAAGUCAGAAAAAAUGACAGAGCUUCUAAAUCAAGCCCGAGCAAGUCAGAACUUCAUUCCUCCGACUUCUCUGUCACAUCCUGUGUCAUCUAGUAGUAUGCCUCCUUACCCUACAGCAUACCCUGCAUUCAAUCCUAUGCAUCCUCCCUAUCCGCCCAUGUCUGGACUUUAACUCAGAAAUGUUUUAAAUGUUUUUGCUCCAUUAACUUAUCUAGUGAGUAUAAAAUCUCAUUCUUCUCCUACUAAAUAUAAUACAAUAUUUAAAAAUUUUAUUAGAAAAUUUCAUAAGUUUAGGGUGAACAUAAAAUUAGUUUCCUAAAUAAUUUUCAGAAACAAUUCAAAAAGCAAACUUUUGGUGCUAACAUUAUAUUUCCUCAUGAGAUUAUUUAUAUAUUGAUUCUCAAAGCACUCUACAGUUUUCUGAUAUAAUUAUAAUGAAGUUUUUAUGAAUAAAAUAAAUAAGUAUUGAAGCUUUUAAAAAUCAUUUUCAUUUCAACCUUUCAUAAAUCAAAAACUUUUAGCCGAGCAAUAAAUACACUGCUUGACAAUUGCUAAGGAACAGUUACGUUUUUUGGAAUAAUUAAAAAUAGAUAAUAAUUAAAGAAACAUAAUGAAAUAUAUAGUUAGUAGGGAUGAUGUGCCUUUAUUAUAAGUACAAAACAAUACAGAUAUUACUGCAUCAAUGAAGUAAAAACUUAAAAAUAAAAAAAUAAUCCUACUUAGAUGA